UUCCUUUCCCCAUCCAACACCACCCCAUCACAACCACUGACUGCGGACCAAGUACGAUUCUUCGUGCUUUUUUCGUUCUUCUCGCCCCCCCUUUCUUUCAGAAAAGCCUCUCCCAGAGAACCAAAAAAACUUGAAAACCCAAUAAAAACCUCAACGUUCUCGAUUGACCUCGAGAUCAUCCUACGCCUAUCCCACCACCUCGCCUCUACCUUACGACCCUUACGACCCUCCCUCCAUACCCCGCAGUAUCUCGAUACUCGCAUCUCAUCCCCUUCCGUCCUCCACAGCAACAUCUGUCGGACGUCGACCUUCUUUCUUCCACAUCUCCACGUAAUAGGUACGUCGCUCUCACUUCUUUGUCUGGGCGGUCGCGAGACCAAUUUCCCAGAGGUGGCCUACUACACCAUACCACACAACACCACACCACAAUCCAGGAUCACUUCCACGAAGCAACUACUGACAUAUCGUUAGCAUCAUCGCAUUUGCUCGCAAAAUGUCUGCCGCUACUGCUACCCCAGCUGUCGAUCAGCUCGCUGCCGAUUUGAACAACACGUCCUUGAAUGGAGGUGAUGCCAACGGCGCUCCUGCCCUCAACACCGAUGUCGCCAACACUGCCGCUGAGGAUGCUGAUACGGCUGGCCCUACCCCAAGCUCUGCUGCCCCUCACCCACAAGCUUCUGCUUCUCUUUACGUUGGAGAGCUCGACCCUUCCGUCACCGAGGCCAUGCUCUUCGAGCUUUUCUCCCAAAUUGGCUCCGUGGCCUCCAUCCGUGUCUGCCGUGACGCCGUUACUCGUCGUUCCCUUGGAUAUGCUUAUGUCAACUACAACACUACCUCUGAUGGUGAGAAGGCGUUGGAGGAACUCAAUUACACCUUGAUCAAGGGACGUCCUUGCCGUAUCAUGUGGUCUCAGCGUGAUCCUGCUCUCCGAAAGACUGGCCAAGGCAACGUUUUCAUUAAGAACUUGGACACUGCCAUUGACAACAAGGCUCUUCACGACACAUUUGCUGCUUUUGGAAACAUAUUGAGUUGCAAGGUUGCUCAAGAUGAGUCUGGUGCUUCCAAGGGUUAUGGAUUCGUCCACUAUGAGACCGACGAGGCGGCUAGCCAAGCUAUCAAGCACGUCAAUGGUAUGUUGUUGAAUGAGAAGAAGGUUUUCGUUGGUCAUCACAUCCCAAAGAAGGACCGACAAAGCAAGUUUGAGGAGAUGAAGGCCAAUUUCACCAACAUCUACGUCAAGAACAUCCCCGUCGAGGUCACCGACGAGGAGUUCCGUGCCCUCUUUGAGAAAUUUGGAGAUGUCACUUCUGCCUCCCUUGCCCGUGAGCAAGAGUCUGGCAAGAGCCGUGGUUUCGGUUUUGUCAACUUCAUCAAUCAUGAGCAUGCUGCAACCGCAGUUGAAGACUUGAACGGCAAGGAUUUCAAGGGUCAGGAUCUCUAUGUUGGCCGCGCACAAAAGAAGCACGAGCGUGAGGAGGAGCUGAGAAAGUCCUACGAAGCCGCACGCAUUGAGAAGGCAUCCAAAUACCAAGGUGUCAACCUCUAUGUCAAGAAUCUUGACGAUGACGUUGAUGAUGACAAGCUCCGUGAUCUCUUCACUCCUUUCGGUGCUAUCACCUCUGCUAAGGUCAUGCGUGACUCUGCUGCUGAGACUGCCGAGGCCGAAAAGAAGGAGGAAGAAAAGAACAAGGAGAACAAGAAGGAAGCUACUGAUGCCGAGUCCUCCGAGGAGAAGGGCGAGGAAAAGAAGGAGGCUGCCAAGCCUGAGAAGCGCACUUUGGGCAAGAGCAAGGGUUUCGGAUUUGUUUGCUUUAGCAACCCUGAUGAGGCUACCAAGGCCAUUGCUGAUAUGAACCAAACCAUGGUCAACGGCAAGCCUUUGUAUGUUGCACUUGCUCAACGAAAGGACGUCCGAAAGGGCCAACUCGAGGCAAGCAUUCAAGCUCGUAACCAAAUUCGAAUGCAACAAGCCGCUGCCGCUGCAGGUAUGCCUCAGCAAUACAUGCAGGCUCCUAUGUUCUACCCACCUGGCCAACAACCCGGAUUUAUCCCCCAGGCUGGUGGUCGUGGUAUGCCAUUCCCUCCUCAGGCCGGUAUGCAAAUUCCUGGUGCCCAAGCUGGACGCCCAGGUCAAUUUGCUGGUGGAUUCCCGCCUCAGGCUGGUCGUGGUGGCCCAGGUCUUCCACAGAUGCCACCCAACAUGUACGGCAUGCCAGGCCAAUUCCCAGGUGCUGCACAAUACGGUCAACAAGGUAGCCCGCAAUUUGCUGCUGCCAUGCAACAAGCUCAAGCUGCUGCUGCACUCCAGGCUGGUGGUCGGGGUGGACCAGGUGCUCGACCAAUGCAAAUUCCAGGUAUGCCACCAAACAUGGUCGGUAUUCCAGGCGCUGGUCAACAAGGCAUGACAGGUUUCCCUCAAGGUAGACAAGGUGCUAUGGCCGGACGUGGCCCACAAGGUGGUGCUCGUCCAGGACAAUAUCCAGGUGGUUUCCCUCCAGCCGGUCGUGGCAUGCCUCCUCAAGUUCCAGGUAUGGUUCAACCUGGUGUUGAGGGUGCUGGUGUAUCCGCCCUGGCCCAACAACUCGCAACUGUCAGCCCAGCUCAACAGAAGCAAAUCCUUGGAGAGGCGCUUUUCCCAAAGAUCUCCGUCAUACAACCGGAAUUGGCUGGCAAGAUCACCGGUAUGUUGUUGGAAAUGGAGAACCAGGAGUUGGUCAACCUGUAAGUCUAUGAAACUCUCCUCUUGUUGACAUAUGACGUGCUAACUUCCGUCUAGUAUCGAAGAUGACUCUGCUCUUCGUGCAAAGGUUGAUGAGGCUCUUAACGUUUAUGAUGAGUACGUAAAGAACAACAAGGGUGACGAGGCCGAGGGUGGAGAGGCGAAGGAAGGCGAGAAAUACGAGGAGAAGGCUUAAUUGCCCACUCUUCUCGGUUUACCUAUACCCCAAAAUACCCAUUUAUGACCUCUCUGUUACACAUUUCGUGUAUUGUCAAUUUGGCUGCGGCGCUUGGUUCGGAAAAGUCUGUUUUUCGCCGAUUACAGUACCUGGUAGCACUUUAUUGGUUCCUCCUUUCGGUUCUCGAUCCUGUUUUUUGCUCCAGCGCUGCGACUUGCUAGUUGGCUCUCUAUGCAUCAUCUCUUUUUUAUUUGGACGAUGGAGUGGACGUUUCUCAAUAUGUACUCAUAGACUACCGCCUUUUUUGUGCACAUGCGAAGCUCCAUCAGCUUUCUGCAAACGGCUCUAUGUUCGGUGGGCUGGCACAUGAAUGUUUCGGAUGUCUUUCAUUUUCAUAUUUGGCUCCCAAUGCUGGGCGAAUACCAUUUCAGAGGUUAUGGGAAGGUCUCAUCCUUGGAUUGGACUGGCUU